AUGAUUUCUUUAGGGUCAUUGGGUGCCGAACUGUUCUUCCUGGCUUCCAAUCCAGUUGUUUUACCAAAUCCCAAGGAUGUCGCGCUAACAGGAAGUGAUGUUGUGAGGGCAAACAAAUAUAUGCUGGGACUUAGUACGCGGGCGCCUGCCAAGUGGACAAGCGAUGAUGGCGACUUGCUCGAUGGUGGCUUUUUCAAUCGGCCACGUGCACUGGCAAUCGUUACUGUAAGCGAUGGGAUGGCUCUCAAAAAUCUGUCCGAGUCGAGAUAUGUCUUAUCGAAGGGAGGCAUGGGAUUUGAUCAUGGCGAGCUGAUCGAUUCAAAAUUGUUCGGUGAGGAGCAAGAAUGGGUUUUGAUGAACAAAGCUGGAUUAAUCGGCUCACGUAUCGCUGAUGAUGCCCAGAAUGUUUUGAAGAAGACCGAAGUUAAAACGAAAUUGGAGCCUUUGCGAAAAGAAAUCGAUAACCUUUAUAAAAUUGCACAAUCGGUGAAGAAAUCAGAGGUAAUACGGAGUGCGAGAACGCCGACAAUUUUCAUCAUCAAUGUGCAGGGUCUGGAAAAUGCCCAGCAACAGCAACAUUUGUCAGUGGAUCAGUAUGCGCAAGCACUCAGUGAGCUGGAAAAAGCAAUCUCAUAUUUGACUUCAGCGCUCCAAACCGCAUAUGGUGAUCGUGUAAUUGUGGAACUAAUCACCGAGUCACAUUCGGAAAGCAAAACAAGGCAAAAAAGACAGGUAACCAUGCCAAAAAUUGCUUGUAAAAUCACUUCAUAA